CUCUUCCCUGUCUUCGUCUCUUGCUCGCCCCAGAUCAGACCACACCAGCGAGAUGUCUGAGCGGAGGAGUUCUCCGGAGGACGACUGCACCUCUCUCCUGUCCCGUCUGGGCUCCGACUCCCCCCGUCCCCGGAUGAAGUAUGGGGGGAUGUUCUGCAGCGUCGAGGGAGCGUUUGAGAACAAAACUCUGAACUUUGAGUCGUUCAGUCCGCAGACGCAGCGCCGCCGCGCCGCUGGAGACCGAACCGACGGCCGCGACGUGGGACAGACGGCCGUGUUUCCCUCCGGACACGCCCGGGACAUCUACGGCAAGCGACAGGGCGACCGUCUGAUCAUCAAAGGAGGAAAGAUCGUCAAUGACGACCAGUCGUUCUACGCUGACAUCUACGUGGAGGACGGGACCAUCAAACAGGUGGGGGAGAACCUGAUGGUGCCGGCCGGAGUGCGGACGCUGGAUGCGUACGGUCAGCUGGUGAUCCCCGGAGGAGUGGACGCCAACACCAACCUGCUGGCUCCACAGAGAGGCCUGACCCCCGCAGGGGGGGUCUACAUGGGCAGCAGGGCGGCCCUGGGCGGGGGCACCACCACCAUCAUGGAGCACGUGCUGGUGGAGCCGGGGACGAGUCUCCUGGCGGUGUUGGAUCAGUGGAAGGAGACGGCGGAGCAGACGGCAUGCUGCGACUUCUCCUUCCACCUGGACAUCACUCGCUGGCACGAAGGACUCAACGAGGAGCUGGAGACACUCGUCAGAGACCACGGUGUGAACUCCUUCCUGUUCUUCAUGUCCUACAAAGACAAAUACCAGAGCUCCGACUCGCAGCUCUACGAGGCGUUUGGGGUCCUCCGGGAUCUCGGAGCGAUCGCUCAGGUCCACGCUGAGAACGGUGACAUCAUUGAUGAGGAACAGAAGAAGCUUCUCUCUCUCGGCAUCACCGGACCUGAAGGACACGUUUUAUCUCACCCUGAGGAGGUGGAAACGGAGGCGGUGUAUCGGGCCAUCACCAUCGCCAAACAAGCCAACUGUCCGCUGUACGUUACCAAGGUGAUGAGCAAAUCUGCUGCUGAUGUCAUCGCCAAAGCCAGGAAGAAAGGUAUGGUGGUGUACGGGGAGCCAAUCACUGCAGGCCUGGCCACUGAUGGCUCUCACUAUUGGUCCAAAGACUGGGCCACAGCGGCUGCCUUUGUCAUGAGCCCGCCCCUGAAUCCGGAUCCUUCAACUCCACAGUACCUGACCUCUCUGUUAGCAUGUGGAGACCUCCAGGUGACGUCCAGCGCUCAGGCGAGCUUCUCCACAGCUCAGAAAGCUGUCGGUAAAGAUGACUUCACUCUGAUUCCAGAGGGAACCAACGGGAUCGAGGAGAGGAUGUCUGUGGUGUGGGACAGAGCUGUGUGUACGGGGAAGAUGGACGAGAACGAGUUUGUUGCCGUAACGAGCACCAACGCUGCCAAACUCUUCAACAUUUACCCACGCAAAGGAAGGAUCGCUGUCGGAUCGGACGCUGAUAUCGUCAUCUGGAAUCCGAAGGAGACACAAACUGUUUCUGCAAAGACUCACAACCUGUCGGUGGAGGUGAACAUCCUGGAGGGUUUGGAGUUUCGAGGCGUGCCGUCAGUGGUGAUCAGUGGCGGUCGGGUCGUUCUGGAGGACGGAAAACUUAACGUGAACGAAGGAUCAGGACGCUUCAUCCCUCGGAAGGCUUUCCCAGACGCCGUCUACAAGAGGAUCAGAGCUCGCAGCAAGAUGGCUGAGGCUCGCGGCGUCCCCCGAGGAAGCUACGAUGGUCCAGUCCAUGAUGUCAUCAGUAUGACUAAAUCAGUCCCGCCCACUCCGACCACCAGGGGGGCACCCUGUCCAAAAACCCAGAUGAACCUCCGAAACCUCCACCAAUCAGGAUUCACCCUGGCAGGAACUCAGAUUGACGACCACAUCCCUCGCCGCUCGGCUCAGAGGAUCGUAGCUCCGCCUGGUGGCCGAUCCAACAUCACAUCCUUAUCCUAAAACUACAACAAUCUCACUUUGAGUUUACUUUGAGUUUGUCCAACAAAAUACUAGGGCUGGGUAUUGCCAAAUGAUUUUCUGAUUCAAUUUGAUUACCUUUCUGAUUGGAUAUAAAUGAGGUUAGGGAGAUUUCAGUUCCAAUACCAGUUUAUCUCGGAUAUAAACGAGAUUCUCAGAGAACUUCUGCCGUAAAUUGUACAAGCCAGAUGCACCAGGUUAAUGUUUACAUUAAGAAAUGACCCCACAAAGUGAGUUUAAAGGACUUUUUACUGACCAGGACUAACAGGACAGUCAUUGAGAAGGCAGACAUUUAGGGCCCUUUCACAGCGACUUCCUUUGGUCCGGACUUUCAGACUUUUCUGUUUGAUAAACCUCCCUGGACCACGGUCCGGACCAAACAGCUGAACUUUGGUCCCACGAAAGUGGUAGUCUCUGUCCGGAUCAAACUGAACUAUGGUUCAGUUGUGAAAAGCAUUUUUUUGCAGGAAGUUCCGUUGUUCCUGUGUAAUCAACAGAGAGAAGAAGACAUAGGACACAGUUAAAAAUGUCCCGUGACAGCUCAUCUUUUAAACUGACUGCCAAUAUGGAAGCAAACUGCCGCUCACCUCUUUGGUCUCUUCCCAAACGGAGGUUCCAGGGCUCGCUGGAUUGCUUUCAGUCUCCUCCUUUCCUGCUGGUGAAAAAACGUUUACACAACGAGGACGUUCAUUUGAUUAAUUUGAACUAUCCUUGAGUACAGUUGGUGCUGCAGGUAGUAAUGCCAUCAUAAUAACAAUAUAUUGGCUUGAAUGAUGGCUCUGACAGAAAGUUAGCAAAAUAAUUUGGUUCGAUUUAAAAAAUGCGCAAAUUGCUAACGAAAAAAUGUUUGUAGCUAGCAAUCAAACAAAAUGAACUUUAGUACAUCUCUUCCAAAGUAAAUGCUGUCAACUUGAAAAUGAUGAUUCUUGUUUGACGUGACACUCUGAGGCUCUGUGCUAAAUUUAGCGUUAAUCGGCAAAUAGUGGAACUGUUUUUUAAACUUUGCUUCAGUUAGUAAUGCCAUAAUAACAAUAUAGUUGUAACGAUAUGCAUCUGUUCAUUCAUUCUUGUCAAGGCCAAAGAGUCAAAGCUACUCUCGAACUGACAACACAACAACACAUCCGUUUACCAACCAAUCAAUGUUGAGUACAAGAAGACGCAGCCUACAGAAAUGAUGACGACAGGAAGCAAGUACAACAUGUAAUGUUUGUUAUUUUGUUUGUUUGGUUUCGGACCUUGGUUCGGACUUUCAGGUGUGAAAGGACCCUAAAAGAUUGAUUUCAGGAUGUUAUUAUUCUAUCAGAUCACUCAAACAGAGACAAUUAUAAUUGGAGAAUGGAUUAUUUUUACCCAGCCCUAACCCUUUUACUAGGAUCACACCCAACAUCAACUAUCCAACUAGUACUAAACUCUCAAACAAUGGUACUUCAGCUUGUGCUAAACCCUGCGUACCCUGCCCUA